CCUCUGCGCGCCCCUCUCGGCCUGCCCCCGGGGGGAGGGCGGCAGGGGUGUGCGGCGUGGGGGAUUAGCGGGACGCCGCGGCCCCGCCUUCCCCCUCCGCAUCCCGGGCGCGAUGAGAGGGGGAGAUGGACCCGAGCCGGCGGGACUGGCACCAUGACAUUCACCGGCUUCGUGGUGGCGCUGGUGAUCGGGGCGCUCCCCGCAGCCCGCGGGCUGGGGCAGGUCCCCGCCAGCCUCCCGGCCCCCCGGCACCCGCCGCCGCCCCCCGCCGGGGGUUUCGCGGCGGCCCAGCGCCCCUGGCCGCCGGCAGCGCCCGCCUUCCCGCGGCGGGGGGCGGCGGGCCGGGCGCCGCGGGGCCGCCGCAGCAGCUCCUGUGCCCUGCCCGGUGGCGGCGGCGGCGGGCGGCCCGGGGGCGGCCGGGUCCCGGCGGAGCGGGGCCCCGCUGGCUGCGAGCGAGGGUCAGUGAGACUCCAGGGUGGCAAGAAUGAGUUUGAAGGUACAGUGGAGGUUUAUUUGAAUGGAAUCUGGGGAACAAUCUGUGGGAGCCAUUGGGACGAUAACGACGCAACAGUCAUAUGUCGACAGCUUGCACUGGGUGAAAAAGGUACAGCAAAACACAUACCGUUUUCUGGACUGGGCCUUAUUCCUGUUUACUGGAGUGAAGUGCGUUGUCGUGGUGAUGAAGAAAAUAUACUGUUAUGUGAAAAAGACAUCUGGCAGGAAGGAACAUGCCCUCAAAAAAUGGCAGCUGCUGUCACAUGUAGCUCCUCCCUGGCCCCGGUCUUUACUCCGAUUCGUCUGGCUGGCGGGAACAACGCUCACGAAGGGAGAGUAGAAGUUUACCAUGCUGGCCAGUGGGGGACUGUCUGUGAUGAUCAGUGGGAUGAUGCAGAUGCUGAAGUCGUCUGUCGGCAGCUUGGCCUUGGGGGUGUUGCCAAGGCAUGGAGCCAGGCUUACUUUGGAGAAGGCUCAGGCCCCGUGCUGCUGGAUGAAGUGCGGUGCACGGGAAACGAACUAUCUAUAGAACAGUGUCCAAAAAGCUCCUGGCGAGAACACAACUGCGGCCACAAAGAAGAUGCUGGCGUUUCCUGCACACCUCUCGCAGAUGGUGCGUUAAGACUAACAAGUGGGAAAGGCAGUCAUGAGGGACGCCUGGAGGUCUAUUACACCGGGCAGUGGGGCACAAUCUGCGAUGAUGGGUGGACAGAGCUGAAUACACAGGUGGUUUGCCGGCAGCUGGGAUUUAAGUAUGGAAAAAGUGCACCUGAGAGCUAUUCAGAAGGAAGCUCUGGGCCCAUCUGGUUGGAUGAUGUCAGCUGCUCAGGGAAGGAGACAAGCCUUCUGCAAUGCUCAAAGAGAGAGUGGGGAAAGCACAACUGCAACCAUCAGGAGGAUGUCAUGCUCAUUUGCCAUCCAGACAGCGACAGCCAUAAACUCUCACUCGGUCCUCCCAUCAGGCUGAUGGAUGGUGAGAAUAAGAAGGAAGGACGUGUAGAGAUUUUUAUCAAUGGCCAGUGGGGCACAAUUUGUGAUGACGGAUGGUCUGAUAAGCAUGCAGCUGUAGUCUGCCGACAGCUUGGCUACAAGGGUCCAGCUAAAGCAAGGACAAUGGCAUAUUUUGGGGAGGGCAAAGGCCCCAUCCACGUGGAUAAUGUGAAGUGUACAGGAAAUGAGAGAUCCUUGGCAGACUGCAUCAAGCAGGACAUAGGGACGCACAACUGCCGUCACAGCGAGGAUGCGGGGGUGAUCUGUGACCACCUAAGCAAGAAGGCCCCCGGGAACAGCAAUAAAGAUUCUCUUGCUUCUGUUUGUGGAUUGAGGUUACUACAUCGUCGACAAAAGCGAAUAAUUGGUGGGAAAAAUUCUUUACGGGGAGGCUGGCCAUGGCAGGUUGCACUCCGACUGAAAUCUUCUCAUGGUGACGGAAGACUCUUGUGUGGUGCUACUCUCAUCAGCAGCUGCUGGGUCCUCACUGCUGCACACUGCUUUAAAAGGUAUGGCAACAACACUCGGAAUUAUGCUGUGCGGGUUGGAGACUAUCACACACUGGUACCAGAAGAGUACGAGGAAGAAAUUGGAGUCCAACAGAUUGUGAUGCAUAAAGAGUACAGGCCUGACAGCAGUGACUACGACAUUGCACUGGUGAGGCUACAGGGGCCAGAGGAACAGUGUGCCAGAUUCAGCACCCAUGUCUUACCUGCUUGUUUGCCAUUGCGGAGAGAGCGACCACAGAAAACUGCUCCCAACUGCUAUAUCACUGGAUGGGGUGACACAGGAAGGGCUUAUUCAAGAACAUUACAACAGGCUGCCAUCCCCUUACUUCCCAAGAGGGUAUGUGAAGAGCGUUACAAAAGAAGAUUCACAGGAAGAAUGCUCUGUGCUGGAAACGUCCAGGAACAGAAACGCGUUGAUAGCUGUCAAGGAGACAGCGGCGGACCAUUGAUGUGUGAACGUCCAGGGGAAAGCUGGGUUGUGUACGGUGUGACCUCCUGGGGCUAUGGCUGUGGAGUGAAAGAUUCUCCAGGUGUCUACACAAAAGUAUCAUCUUUUGUACCCUGGAUAAAAAGUGUGACCAAACUAUAAGUGUCCGUAAUGAAAACCAAACUUUAUUAACAAAGUUUGAGGCAGGACAACUUGAACAGCACAGGCAGUGCACUGCUGGGGCCCACAGUGGGUAGAUACACACACAUUUUCCUGAUUCGUGUGGGUUUUUUGUUAAAUCCAAGCUGCAUACAUACAACCUUUCCAGUUCAGGAUUACUUUCCAAACAACAUCCCUCUGUGUUAAGGAAGUCUAUAUAUUGCAUGAACAAGUUCCCAUGUAUCUACAAUAAGGGGAAAAGCGAUAGCCUGCUUAGAGUAACACUGGAGCAGGACAGCUGGAGAGUUCACCAUGAGACACUCUGCCCACAGGAAGACUGCAGUAGCUCCAAACUACUUAUGUUCCAGGCUUCUCUAGAAUUAAUCACAGAUCUCAAAAUUAAUCUUCAGUUUAUUUAAUCAGUUCUUGACUGUUUUCCUAUUAUUCCUAUGAUCUUACACUCAGCCCUUUAAUUCUGACUUAUGCUUCAUUAGCUAAUGAGACCAUUAGCAGGUUGAUUCUUGGUAAGUAGUUACGAGUAUGUAUUAAAAGGUAGAAGGAAAAUAAUUGUCAAUAAUCAGAUCCCCAACUAUUCUGAUAAAAGUUCUCACAGCUUAGUGUGCAUAAAGAACAUUCCCAAGUACAGUAGGUAGUACACUGGAAGUUAGUUUCCCUGCAAGCAUCCUGCACAGCUGCAAGAGCUAGAUCAAAAACAAAUUACCUCUAUUUUCUUUUCUCUAGUAAAAUAUCAUGUCUUCUUUCAGAAAGUCAUAAUUUUUAGUAAAUACAGCAUUUUGGAGAGAAUUUACUUUUCCGAUUUACCACUAGCUGUCAGUACAGUACCAGACUAACAGACAAACAUCCUAAUUCUCUCAUUGCUGGUUUUGAAGGGACUUUACUCAAGUAACACUAAGAAACCUCUGUCAAACCUACACAGGAAAGUUGUAAGUAUGUGCAGUGCAAAUACUAGAGAUGUUUGAGCCAAGACCUGUCUGAAAAGGUCUACAAAGUCUUAAUCUACUAUCUUCUACAAGAUAAUAUUUAGACAACUCUCUCCUGCUUAGUUACAACACUGGUUCAGACUCAUCUUACAGGAAAGGUGAGAGUUAGAGAGUUUUCAGUGACAUCUGAAGUAUUGACAGAUUUUGAUUCCAUUUAAUUCCUCUUACAGAUACUGUUCCCCACACUAUAAACACCUUAAUAGUUUAUUAUAAAAAUGCACUGAAAAUAAGUUACUCUUCAUGUACAAGACAAAUAUAAAACAACUUACUAUCCUUUCAGAAAGGGCCACCCAUCAAACUUACCACACAGAAGUAAUCACCAUCUUAGUGCAACACUCAUGGGUGUCAGUCUUUAAAAUACCCGAGACUAACGACAGUCAAGAGGGAGACAGGAGAGAUCGGUGCUACCCCUCCGCUCCCUCUCGAAGGCCAUUCUGACUAUCUGCAAGUGUGCUCUACAUAUUAUAUUAACAACAAGCUUCUUAAAAAGGUGAACCGAAAGCUCUGUGGGCCGUGAGCAGUGUGACAAGUGUGGCAGACGUGCGUCACCUCGUAGUGAUUGUGCAAACUGUGACUACCAGUGACUGUUUUUCCGUGUCUCCUAUCCCCAAACCCUCUGGCUAUGACAGUGUUGUGUGGCCUUUUGUGAACAACGUGGGAUGCUUGUAUUCGUGUUGUACGGGGGCAAUCGUUCAUUUCAUAUGGUUCUGUGUCUCUCUGGUGUUGUAACAAAUAUCCAAGACAACUCAAUUUGCAUUCAAAAGUGGCAAUCAUAUUGCCCAUGUUAUUGAAGACUCAACCCUUAAUUUCUCCGUGCCCUCAAACUUAUAUUUUCAAGGGUCAUGACUAGUUUAAAUAUCUUGUUGGAACUGGUGCUAAACUAGUACACAAGGUGCUUUCAUAUCUUUUAGGUUUCUGUAAUUCCACACUGUUGAAAGAGCGCGAAAUAUUUAAAAACAUGUCAAAAAUCAUAGUACUGUGACCACUUACUGUUAGACCUAUGCAGAACACCCUGCUAAUGAACUUUAAAACCAUUUAUGUUUUUAUUUACACAUGGGCCUUUUAAGUAAAGGCAAGAGGAAGUAAAUCUGUCAAAAUGCAUCUACUUGUACCACGAAAGCUUUGCUGUCCAAGACCCAUUGAGACUUGUGGAGAAGUAGGCUAUAUAGUGCAAUACUUGCGUUGCAUACAGGGGAAAUAAUUUUAUUUCAGAAGUUGUACCACAGAAAUACAAAACUUAGGGGGGGGAAAUCAAGUCUGCAUACUAAAUGUAGUAACCAUUUAGAUUUAGUACAGUCGCUCAUUAGUUUUGCUCUUUUAAUAGGAUGCUUUUAUUAGAUUUUAAAAUGUUGCACUACCGUUUUCAUGCAGAGAGCAUGCCUUUUCAGUUUCUAACAUAAAAUGAAAUUGUCUUUAUGUUAUGCCUUUCUAAUUUUUGUUCAAUGAGCCUGAUGAUGUAAAUGUAUAAAAUAAAAACUGCCACACUGACUACAACUUUUACAUGUUAA